AUGGAAAUUCUAGAUACAGUUGUGAUCAUUGUUGGGGCAGGUCCUGGAGGCAUGGCAACAUCUGCAUGCCUAAACCUACUUUCAAUCCCCAACAUUGUGAUCGAGAGAGAAGAUUGUUGUGCUUCUUUAUGGAAAAAGAAAGCCUACGAUAGACUUAAGCUUCACUUGGCUAAGGAUAUCUGCAAACUUCCCCACAUGCCAUUUCCACCGACUGCACCCACAUAUGUGUUGAGGAACGAUUUCAUCGCUUAUCUCGAUAACUAUGUGUCUCAAUUCAACAUUGAGCCAUUUUAUCGUCAUAAUGUGAUGUCUGCGUUCCACGACCGUACUCAUGACAAAUGGAUCGUGCAUGCAGAGGAUAUGGACACGGGCGUGAAAAGGACAUUUAUGGGGAUGUUCUUGGUUGUAGCCACGGGAAUAAAUAGCCAAGGAGUUAUUCCUAAGAUUGACGGUAUGAGUAACUUUGGAGGGACGGUUUUGCACUCUAGUCAAUAUAAGAAUGGCAAAAUAUUUGAAGAUAAAGAUGUUCUCGUGGUUGGUUGUGGGAAUUCCGGGAUGGAGAUAGCUUAUGACUUGUCCAAUUAUUAUGCACGGUGCUCUAUCGUCGUGCGUAGCCCGGUGCACGUUCUAUCCAAGGAACUAGUGAAGAGUGGAAUGUAUAUGAUGAAAAUUUUCUCACCCAAAUUUGUGGAUGACUUAAUUGUUCUAAUUAGCAAGUUUAUGUUUGGAAACCUCUCUAAAUAUGGGUUUCAUAGGCCUAACAAGGGCCCAUUUUACCUUAAAACUCACACUGGCCGAUCCCCGAUUAUCGACGUGGGCACCAUAGGGAAAAUCAAAAAAGGCAUCAUCAAAGUUGUGCCAACCAUAUCCAAGGUGUUAAAUGAAAAAAACAUUGAAUUUACUAACGGAACUGUGAAAAGCUAUGCUGGAAUUGUCUUUGCUACGGGGUACAAAAGCACAGUUAACACAUGGCUUCAGGAUGACGGGGCUCUCUUUGAUGGAAAUGGAAUGCCUAAAAAGGAUUUACCAAAUUACUGGAAGGGCAAAAAUAAUCUCUAUUGUGUCGGUUUUUCAUCUGGAGGAUUGUUUGGAAUUUAUAAAGAUUCCAUCAAUAUAUCGCAAGAUAUAAAGACAAUCUUUCUUGACAUGUCCAAACAGUAA